CUCUCUCUCUCUCUCUCUCUCUCUCUCGGAGGUUGCCUAAUACCUUCGCUCACUUUUGUUUUCUUCAUAUAAUAGAUUGCACCUUUUCCAUAAAAAAGAAGCAUAUAAUUUAGCAUAGCUGGGUAGACGAAAUAGCCAGGCAGAAUGGGUAUCAUUGAGAAGAUCAAAGAGAUUGAAGCCGAGAUGGCUCGGACUCAGAAAAACAAAGCCACAGAGUAUCAUCUCGGGCAGCUCAAGGCAAAGAUAGCCAAGUUAAGGACACAAUUGUUGGAGCCUCCAAAAGGAUCUAGUGGAGGAGGAGAGGGAUUUGAAGUUACAAAAUUUGGCCAUGGGCGUGUUGCACUGAUUGGAUUUCCAAGUGUGGGAAAGUCAACUCUUUUGACAAUGUUAACGGGCACACAUUCAGAAUCUGCAUCUUAUGAGUUCACAACUCUUACUUGCAUUCCUGGCAUCAUACACUAUAAUGAUACUAAAAUCCAGUUGCUUGAUCUUCCUGGAAUUAUCGAGGGUGCUUCUGAAGGCAAGGGACGUGGGAGACAGGUUAUUGCUGUUGCUAAGUCUUCCGACAUAGUAUUGAUGGUUCUUGAUGCUUCAAAAAGUGAGGGCCAUAGGCAAAUAUUGACUAGGGAGCUUGAAGCUGUGGGCUUGCGGUUGAACAAGAGACCACCUCAGAUAUAUUUCAAAAAGAAAAAGACUGGUGGCAUCUCAUUUAACAGCACUCUGCCUUUGACUCAUGUGGAUGAGAAGCUUUGUUAUCAGAUUCUGCAUGAAUACAAAAUUCACAAUGCAGAGAUUCUUUUCCGGGAGGACGCCACAGUCGAUGAUCUCAUAGAUGUCAUUGAAGGAAACCGUAAAUACAUGAAGUGUAUAUAUGUCUACAACAAGAUAGAUGUUGUUGGUAUUGACGAUGUGGACAGACUAGCCCGCCAACCUAAUUCUGUUGUCAUUAGCUGCAAUUUGAAGCUGAACUUAGACAGAUUACUUUCAAGGAUGUGGGACGAAAUGGGUCUGGUUCGAGUUUACACAAAACCCCAAGGGCAGCAGCCUGAUUUCUCUGAUCCUGUGGUUCUUUCCGCGGAUAGAGGUGGCUGCAGUGUAGAAGACUUCUGCAAUCACAUACAUAGAAGUUUGGUGAAGGAUGUGAAGUAUGUUCUCGUCUGGGGUAUAAGUGCAAGGCACUACCCUCAACAUUGUGGCCUUAGUCAUAUUCUUCGUGACGAAGACGUGGUUCAAAUCGUUAAGAAAAAGGAAAAGGAGGAGGGAGGAAGGGGCCGAUUCAAGUCGCAUUCCAAUGCUCCAGCUCGGAUAUCUGACAGAGAAAAGAAGGCACCACUUAAGACAUAAUUUGAUGAAAGCGUGGUUUUUGAAAAGUUACUACAGGCUAAAGGACAUAUAUAUCCAAAGCAAUGGACUUUUUUUGAGUGCUCUUGCUGCAUAGGGAUCAAGUGCUCUUCAUGUGAGCUCUUACUUUGUGAAGUCCUAGGUUGUAGCCACCCAUGUGUUGUAAUCCCCCCACCCACACCCCCUUUCUUUCUUUCUCUCUCUUUUUCUUUUAUAAUAAUUUCUAUUGUUUGUGAAUCUUGCAUCUGACUUGAAAAAUGAAAUAGAGAGCAAAAGAAACCUGUACUGCAUCUUGAAAA